GAGAGAGUGUGUGUGUGUGUGUCUGUGCAUGUGUGUGAGAGAGAGAAAGAGAAGGAAAGGGCAGAAGUGGAGCAGCUGAAAUUGUGAAGUUAAGGGAGAGCCCCACACAAGAACAAAAGGCGGAAGAUUCUCUCAGCACAAUGGGCAAGUCAGCCUCCAAGCAGUUUGCCGAAGAGGUCCUGAGGAGCCACAAUGAGUACCGGAGGCAGCACCAGGCCCCGCCUCUGAAACUGAGCAGCAAGCUCAGCCGAGACGCCACGAGGUAUGCGGAGAGCUUGGCCAGCACCAGGAUCCUGAAGCACAGCGCCGAGUCCAGCAGGGGGAGCUGUGGAGAGAACCUGGCAUGGGCGUCCUAUGACCAGCCAGGAAAAGAUGUUGCGGACCGAUGGUACAACGAAGUGAAGAGCUACAACUUUAACCGUCCUGGUUUUUCCACAGGGACAGGACAUUUCACAGCCAUGGUUUGGAAGAGCACAAAGAAGCUGGGAGUGGGGAAAGCCACCGCCACCGACGGCUCCACCUUUGUGGUGGCGCGCUACUUUCCUGCGGGCAACAUCACCAACCAAGGCCACUUCGAGGCCAACGUGCUCCCACCCAGGAAGUGACGCAGAGGGAGGAAAGGGAGGGCGGGGUUCGGCUGGGCCAAACAUCACUGUAAUUACCGUGGAGACAUCACCGAGGUGUUCUACCAUAGCCUUAACCUGCAACUGAAUAGAAACACAUGCCAUUUCCCUGUUUUUGGUUCACAAAUUGAUCUCGCCUCUAAUGUAAACUGGUGGAAACCAAAUACAGGUCUAUUGCCUGUAGUAUUCCUUUCAUUUUCAUUUUCAUUUUUGGGUAAUGUAAUGACCCAUAGAAUCAAAUUGCUCUAUAUAGAGUUAUCGGAAUCUCCUGAUCCAGUUCAUUAAACAGCACCGCACUAUCUGAGAUUUAAAUUACAUCCUAAAUUACAAGCUGUUGUCCUCAGUGUCCUCAGUAGGUGGAGAGGUACACAAUUGCUUGAUUGUCACAGCUGGAGAGAAAGUAAUUUUGGUUUGCCAGGAGAUGGAGCACAUAAUUGGGCCAGAAUUUUGUCUCCACCGUGCUCGCCGUUCAUGUGUGGGUUCUUGAGAUUGGUUUACUGUGAUUGAUUUUAAGAGGGCCAAGACUCGCUUUAAGUAUGAGUAACAAAAUUCCCGAGAGCUGUCGCUAACAACAACCCAGACUCAGGUGGCUGAAGGAGAUGGCAUUACCAAAUGCAGUAUUUUCCAUGGUCUGUAAGGUGUAUGAAGUGCACGUGCUUGACUGUCCGAUUGUACCAGCUGGACCUCAGGGACAAGGUGGGAGGGUUUUUAUCAAGGGGUUUUUAAAGUCCUCCUCUAUGAGUGCCAUCCCAAAGCAUGCUGUAAAACGUGCACCCAAUAUGCUGUUUAGUGUUG